UCUUUGCCUUUCCUCCUCCGUCCCGGUCUCCAAAAUGCCGCCGUGUUAUAAUACUACUACAACACUACCACCCACACCUUUCACAAUUUCUCCCACCAAAAAGAAAACAACAAAACAAAAGCAAGCUCUCUCUACCAACGCCAUUAAUUAUUUAAAAACCUUAAAGAGAAGUAGCCGGAAGGGAACAGAACAGCAGCUGCAAGCGGCCACCGGCUUUUACUACUUGGAAAGUGUUCGUGGGUUUUUGGGUUUCUUCCUCAUUCCCCAAAAAAUCAGUGGCGUUACUUUCUGAAUAGACCGCUCGGAAAUUAGAAUCUCGCUCACUUUUGGGUUGUGGCCGCCAGCUCCUUCCACCUCUCUCUCUUUCUUUGGUUCUGUCUCCUCUGUUUUUUUGGCUUUUAGUAUUCGUCUGCGGAGGAAUUUUAGCGGUGUGUGGCUGAUCUUUACGAGAUGGGUUACAAGGAAGAAAGAAUAAAAUUUUGAAUGUAUGUGGAGCUCAUGUGACUGCCGCAGUUUGGAUUAAUUAUAUAGAAGUAGUAGAUUCUUGUCUCGCCUCGUCUGUGUUUUGGGUUUACUUAGGGGGUAAAGAAGGAGCCUGGAGUAGUAGCAUUGCAAUGGCGGAAUAUAUCUAUCUGCUCAGCAAGGAUGCAGUAAUCAUUAAACCUCCCAAGAAGUCUUCUAUGUUAUUGAGGAUGGUGGUUCUAAUGUUUGCCAUGACGUUUGGUGUCUACAUCUGCACCAUUUGCCUGCAGCAGAUUAGCGGCCUUAGCAAAGUAAAUAUUAAAGAUAUACAAGUGAUUAAUGAGCCAUCCAAUACUGCUGACCGUGGUCUCUCUCAUGUGCCUAAGCUGCAUUACCCAAACCCUGAAAGUUUCAGCAGGGAGGAAUGUGUGGAUAACCCUGUACGUUACUUUGCAAUUGUAUCGACCCAAAGGUCAGGGAGCGGAUGGUUUGAGACCUUAUUGAAUAGUCAUGUUAACGUGAGCUCGAAUGGGGAGAUCUUUUCGGUUUUGGAUAGGAGAAGAAAUGUCUCGGCUAUUGUUGGAACUCUCGAUCGGGUCUAUAAUUUGGACUGGUUCUCUAGUGCGUCCAAGAAUGAAUGCUCUGCUGCUGUUGGAUUCAAGUGGAUGCUGAAUCAGGGAGUGAUGGAGCAUCACGAAGAAAUAGUGGAGUACCUCAACCGCAGGGACGUGUCUGUAAUUUUUCUCUUUCGUAGAAACCUACUUCGACGAAUGGUUUCACUGCUUGCAAAUUCCUAUGACAAGUAUGCCAAGUUAUUGAACGGAACUCACAAAUCUCAUGUCCAUACCACUGAAGAGCCAGCCACUGUUUUGUUGCAGGCUGAAACACUUUCCAAGUAUAAGCCCAUAGUUAACUCCACAUUGCUGAUAUCCGAUUUGAGACAGGCAGAGAUCUUGGUUGCGAAGGCUCUAGAGUAUUACAACACCACUCGGCACAUGGUUGUGUACUACGAGGAUCUUGUUAACAACAGCAAGAAACUUGAGGAGGUACAGGAGUUUAUGAGGCUUCCGGUAAUGGAGCUGAGAAGCCGGCAGGUAAAGAUCCACAAGGGGCCAUUAUCAGAACUGAUCAAGAACUGGGAAGAUGUGAACAAGACGUUGUAUGGAACUGAGUACGAGAAUUACCUCAGGGCCGACUAUUGAAUCCCUUUGUGGAAGAAAGGAACUGAUUUGGUUUGCUAACUUGCAGGAAGUGUGAAUACAAACUACUCAGCUAACAUGUUCUCUCUCAUAUGUGUAUUUCAUGAGUUGACAGGCUAAUAGGGCUAUGAAGGGUCUCAAAAUUUUGACUGCCAUGAGCAAAACUGCACGGCAGCUGCUGGGUCUUCUUUUGUUUUGUUGGCUUUCUCAACUAUGCGUUGAGAUUUGAUUCCCAUGGCUAAAGCCUGUGUUGUUUUGAUCACCUUCUGGUUGAUCAUGCAGAGAUCAAAGUUGUACAUGUAGCCUACUCGCUUGCAGGAAAAGAUUUAUAAUAUAUGAGCAAUUCAUUCAAUUUCAAAGUCGGUAUAUUCCUCUUCGGUUUUUGUUCAUUUCCAAUGUCGUUUAAUCCAGAUUCAGUAGCAGAAGACCAGAUGUUGUAGAC